AAGGCAGCUACGUGUUACGUCACUGCGCUCAUGUACGUGUAGUCUUGAUGCCACCUUAUCGCGAAAUGAGAGUUGUGACGUCGGGGUUGGAGGUCAGAUACUAGUUAAAGAGCUACAGCAAAAUAGUGUAGCUAAUAGUGUUGCAGGACGUUUAAAGAGUGAUCAAGAAUUGUGGGUUUUUAAGAAAAUUGGUACUGUUGGAUGGUAUGGCCUGAGAUUGUAUACAAGUCUUGGGGCGUUGGAUGGCGGAAAUAUGGAAGGCGGCGGAGGAGGGUUGGGCGGAGAACCCGGGCUUUUGCAGCAAAUUCUAAGUCUCCGAUUAGUGCCGCGGGUCGGCAAUGUGACUGAUUGUCAGAGGGCCACAUUAUGCUCCUUUCCUGAAAUGUGGUAUGGAGUUUUCCUAUGGGCCCUCGUCUCUUCUCUUUUUUUCCAUAUACCUGCUGGAUUGCUAGCCCUGUUCACUCUCAGACACCACAAGUAUGGGCGCUUUAUGUCCGUAGGAAUCCUGCUAAUGGGAAUUUUGGGACCAAUAUCAGCAGGAAUUUUAACAAGUGCUGCCAUAGCUGGAGUAUACAAAGCUGCUGGCAAAGAGAUGAUCCCUUUCGAAGCUCUGGUACUAGGUGUUGGUCAGACUUUCUGUGUUCUCAUCGUUUCAUUUUUGAGGAUUUUAGCAACUUUAUAACAUAAUGUUCUGUUGUUUGGACCAGACAUUUGUCAUGGGGACCAUACACGACAGCCUUGCUCAACGUAAGGACAGCAAAGCCUUUAAUACUUUGGCAUGAAAGAAUGACCUGCCUUCUUUGGAUCAGCUGAAAUGUAAUGCACAGUGGAGACUUGAAAUUUCCAUGCAUUUUUGGGGGUAAUAUUGAUUCUGUAACAUUCUUGCAUACAUAAUCCAAAUUAGAAUUUAGGUCAUAAUACAAACAUCCUCUUAAAGUUUUUACAGCUGUUUCUGUACAUAGGGAACUAUUGUAUGGCUUACCAAUGUUGCAUUGCACUGCAGCCUUCAUGAGGAUAUGUUUACUACAAAAUGUUAUGCUUCAGGAUCUUUGUCCUCGCUAUGUUUCUGAGCCCUUGCUUUUUUUUAAUAGAUUUUAAAAAUUCCAUUUUUUUUUUUUCAGAAGAAAAAAAUGAAAUCCUACCUUGUGGUUCAUGGAAAUUUUUUAUAUAUUUUUUUUUAUGUUGCCAUUUUUUAUUUCUGGCUUUCUGAUGGUCUGCUGCUAAAUAUAUUUCAAUUCACACUUUUUGAAACUGAAUGUUAAUGGAUAGGUAACUUUUGUAUAUUUUAUAACACAGAGUGUUGGUGCAGAGCUGUAAAA